AUGUCUAUAGCAUCUUUAAGUACUUUUUAAACUGCUACUAGAUCUAUAUGGUUUGCUAUAAGUGGUAUGUUUUUAGCUAUAUGUGCAACUUUUUAUUAAUCUUCAUGGGAUUUAGGUGAUUCUUUUAGAUGGCUGUUUUCAUUUUUAAUAGGUGCUUCAUUAGGAUUAUAUAUUGGUUUAAAAACUAAAGUAAGUUAAUAUGCAUAAAAAAUUUGUUUUUUAUAAGCUAUGACGGGAAUUGCAAGUUUUUUUUUAGGAAUUGCUUAAUUUGAGCGAAUAAAUCAAUUUAAAGGCAAAUUUAAUCAACUAGAUUCUUUAUAAACCGUUUUUGUAUGCCUUUUAGGUUCUAUGUUAUUUUCUUCUGGUUUAACUUGUUAUUUCAAACUUGAUAAAAGUAACAUAGCUAAAGUUCCAUUAAACUGGAUAGGUUUAUAUCGAAAUUUAUUAAAUAUAUCAGUUUUAAUAUCUAUAAUUAUAUUCAGUAUAUUAUACAUUUGGUUUAAUAUUGGAUUUGCUUUAUGGAUUAUAUUUUUACUUUCUCUUUACAUAGGAUGGGGAAUAGUAAUUUCAGCUACAUUAAGAGAUUUAAAUGCAAUAAUUCCUUUCUAAACAAUUACAACAGGAAUAACAUUAUCAUUUAUUGGUUUUAUAUUGUAACGUGAUUAUUUAAUAAUAGCCGGUGCUCUUUGUAUUACAGGUGGUUAUUAAUUAACAUUAAGGGCCUAAAAUGGUAUAAAAUGUUAUAUAUGGCCUGUUUUUACUAGAAGUUGGAACAAAACUUCAACUACUGGAGAUGAUUCUAUAUCAACAUUUGUUUCGUAAUUCGGUUAUAAUAACUAAGAUAUUACUUCUUAAGAUUUAAUUUUAGACCUCUUAAAUGCAAAUAAGGUUGUUUUUGUAACUGGUAAUGGUAUAUAUUAGUCUUAAAGUACUAAGAUUACCGUUUAGAUUUUCUAAUAUCUAGUUUUGUAUGGAAAAACAGCAGAUUUUUGUAUCCAUCCUGCCAGUGGGAGAAUUCCAGGGCAUAUGAAUGCCAUAUUGACGGAUUUCGGUGUUCCUUUUUACAAUAUAAAGGAAUUAGAAAAUACUAAUUUUAAUGAUUAUGACCUAUGUGUUGUCAUAGGAGCAUAUGAAGAGGUAGAUCCUGAUAAUUUAAGUUUAUAAAAUUCUUAAUUUUAUGGAAUUCCUAUUUGCUAAGUAUGGGAAAGUAAUAGAGUUGUGUAUAUAGAAACUAAAGUCGAGAGAAAUUAUGUUGCAGGACUUUUUGAUAAAAAUAAUGUGUAUGUUUUAAGAGGAGAAUCUUAAUAAAAUUUAAAUAAUGUCUAUAAUGAAUUAAAAUAAAAGGGAGUAAUAAAAGAAAAUUAAUAAAUUAACAACAAUGAAGAUAAUAAAAAAAAUAUAAAAACACAAGAAUAAAUAUAAUUCUUAAUUAGAAAAUCAAUAAAAAUUUUAGGUAUAUUAAAUGAAUAUGAAAGCUAAAAAGAAAAAAGAGUAUCAAUUACACCUGAUGUAGUUAUGUCUUUAUUAAAGAACGGAAUUCAUAUUUGGAUAGAAAAAGAUGCAGGAUUGUAGGCAGGAUAUUCAAAUUUUUAAUAUGAAUAAGCCGGCGCUUUAGUUACUAAUUCUACUCCAUUAGGAAAUGAACGUUAAAAAUUUAUAAAAAAAUUACUUAAUAAUCCAGAAAUCACAUUUUUAGAUUUAAGUGAUAUCCCCGAAGAAUUUGCUCGUGGGCAAAAGUUAAGUACCAAAAACAAUUAAAGCGGAAAGUCCCUAUAUAGUUAAGCUGGGAAAAUAAAAGAAGCCGAAGUACUUAUAAUUGGUGGAGAUUCUCUUGGAAUUAAUAUCGGUUUAAAUGUGAAAUAAACAUAAGGGUAUAAGGUAAAUGUCGAUUAGUUUACAGGAGUUGUAGUUGUAGUGAGCUUCAUGCUCUAAAUGAGAAAAACAAAGAGAAAAAAUAAUUAAACAAUUGGAGGAAGUAUCGGAGUGGCUUGUAUGAUUGUUUUUUCUUAUGGAGAUUCAGUUGAUUUAUUAGAAGUUUUUAGCUUUAUAGCUACUAUUGGUCAUUCUUUUGCUGUUAUUAAUUCUUAUUGGACUCACAAAUCAAAUGCAGAAUAGUUAAUUCAUAAAGUUCCUGUAAUAGAAGUAGAUUCUGAUAAUGUUAGAUGUUUAGGAGGAACUGAAAAUAAUGCAGGACAUCCUUAAGUUUAUAUUCAAUUAAAUACUAAAUAAGCAGGAAAAGUAUAGACAUGCAAAUACUGUGGUUUAAAAUACGCAAGGAAAUUGCAUAAUGCUGAACAUCAUCAUUGA